AUGACUCAGGAAGUGGGUGAUGAAACAACAAAGGUAGAGAAAGCAGAAGUGUGUCUGGCACAGCUCAGACAGUCAGACAGGCACCCUGAACUUUCGACUGAGAGAAUGGCAUCCGUGAGAAACACAACUAUGACAAGCAACUGCUCAUUUGAAUCGGUGGACCAGGUGAUGAGAUAUUUGGAGUUGGUCAUCUACAUGCCCAUCUUCCUCUGUGGUCUUCUUCUCAAUGUUGCAGCGCUGGUAGUGUUCUGCCUGUUUCUGCGGAAAUGGACUGAGUCAACUAUGUACAUGACAAGCUUGGCCCUGAUGGACCUGCUUCUCAUUUUCCCUCUUCCCUUCAAAAUGCACGCCACUAAUCACCUGUGGCCUGCCCACCUUCAACCUCUCUGCUCAGUGUUGGAAAGCCUGUAUUUUGUUGGGAUAUAUGGCAGCAUCUACACCAUCAUGUGUAUAGCUGUGGACAGAUGGGUGGCUAUCUGUUACCCAUUCAGAGCCAAGCAGCUGCGUUCACCCAAAGCGGCUUUUUGGACCUGUGUAGGGGUCUGGGUGCUGGUGCUGGCUGCAAUGUCCUCAACCAUCUUUCGCUUCAGGGAGGCUGGGCACACGGCCUUCCACUGCUUCCACAGUUUUUCAAAGAAAGGCUGGAGCCCGCAGGUCAUUAGCUGUCUGCAGGUGUUUGGAUUCCUGCUUCCUGCACUGGUGGUGAUUUACUGCUCCUUCAAGAGCAUCUGGGUGCUGAAGCAGUCAGGCCAGCGCAGCCCCAACAGCCUUGCCUGCGUGAAGAUCAUCUACAGCGGUCUGUGUGCCUUCCUGGUGCCUUUCACCCCGAGCCACCUGGGCAUCCUUCUGCAGUUCCUGGUGCACCAGGGUGUGAUUCAGGACUGCGGUGCCAAGACCAACAUCAGCCUGUUCAUACAGAUCGCUAUGUGUCUGUCUAACAUCAGCUGCUGUCUGGACGCUGCGUGUUACUAUUUCAUCGCCCACGAGGUGAGGAGCACCAAACACACCUUCAGGUUGUCAAUGAUCAGCCAGAGAAGAGCCACCUUCAGCACUUCAGAGGUCUGA